AUCAACGGAAAAGUUUUCGCCAAAGGGUGGCACUUUUUUUUGUUGUUGUUAUUUUUUGGGAAAGGAGCGAGAAGAUUUACUCUUUAGAAUUGUGUUUAACUUCGGUGGUGAAUCGAUUAAGGGUUUUUUCCUACAACAUCCGAUAGGGAGUCCGCUAGUGGGAUGAGAUAAAACACGACAAGCUAAUUUUGCUGGCCAAAAUAGAAGGGGCGAAAGCUGUCGUGAAUAGCGACGCAGCAUCCUUCAUCGAGUGAUUCAAGUGUUUGUGUGUGCGUUUUACGGUCCAGAAGUAGGAGAAGUUUUUGUCCUAGGGGUGGAUUAGCAGGAGGGCGUGUAAGUUUCCCGGAAGAAAAAGAAUAAAAUCAAGCUACUUCUCGGAAAAUGUGAUAAUGUUUUGCCAUUUCUGACCAACCCAAACUCCAAAAGAAGAACCCCCGGCCAUAUUCGAGGGAGGGUAAAGUUUUCCUUAGAAAAGAGUACAACAACAACAGAAGAAGAAAAAAAAACAUCCAAAUCGGGCUCACACACAGACAGCUCAUAAUCGACACUAUUUGUGCUUCAAUCAAGUGGACGGCUGGGAAUUUGGAAAUCGGUUGAGCCCAAAGCUCACAUUCGUGUGAACACACAUACACACACACAAACACAGAAACGCACAUUCGAGAAGGAAAACUCCGGUGAUCAAAUUGUCUCAACCUUGUUCGACCAUCUGCUGCCACCGUUUUCUUCUUCUUUUUCUGCUUCGGAGUGUCCUCUGAGAAGUGAAGAAAUAGACGGAACUUUCGCUACCAUUUCUCGAUACGCUUCCCCGAUGAAGGUGCCCAUUUGGUGCCGCUUGUUCCGAAAUCAGCAACUUUGGAGAUUUUAGAACUUUAUCACCUGGACACUGCGAAGAAAAAAAGAUAUUCCCCUUUCACGGACCGAACUGCAAACUGAACAAAUUUUGAGGACCUACGUAGCUAGUUGAACACCAUUUUGAAGGAGUUUUCUGUUGACAGCUUCCGGUUUUUUGGGGGCUGUUUCUUUACGCCCGGUGAGUUUUUUCGGUAAGGAAAGUGAUUUGUCUGGGAGACCUUUUUCCGGAGGAUUGUGAUUUCGAUUUUCGUUUGGGUUGUGUUGCCGAAAGCGGCAUCUCUCCCCGGCUGUGAAGGGUUUCUGUUUUUCGGUUGAGUGAAACGCCUGUGGAAAAUGUGGAUGAUGAAGUCAUGUUUUUUGCGAUGCUGCUUGCGGCUGGGAUUUGCGAUUGUUUUGGUGAUGGGAGGAGUCUGGGGUUCGGUGGGGGUUGAAGAAGUGUUGAACGUUGAGGAGGAUGCAGCCUUGCUGACGGUGGCCACGGCUUCAGUGCCCAGCAUCGUAUCGGUAUCAUCUACGAGUGGCGUUGCUGGUGAAGAAGUCAUGAGCACUGCUGCGGUCAUCGGUGAAGUGGCAACAACGGAUGUUAAAGUCGUUUCAGAAGAGUUGGAAAGUCCAGCUCCGUCGGCUUUUGCGGGAGAAACUUCGAUGCCGUCAUCAUCGUCGUCGAGUGUCGUUGAGACGAGUGUGCCUACGAUAGUGACGGAACCAUUGACGACUGCUGCCGGUGCUGACGCCGAUGGAGAGUCUGCAAUGGUAGUGAGUAGUAGCAGUGUUGCCAGUUUCACGGAUGGGUCGGCCAGUCAGAAAAAGAUCGAAAUGGAGCUGGAGAGUGAAACUCCGGUAAUUAGUUUUGGCAUCCGGUCCUUCACAGUGGAAGUUGGAACUGGAACGGAACGGUCCAGUGAUGAGCUGGUACUUGUGAAUGCUAGCCAACCGGAAAAUGCCACUCAGCAAAGUGUUGGCGAAUCUGGUACAACGUUGGUUGCUUUCUCAAGUGAAGCUGUGGCUGGGGAGGCUAUUUCAAGUACUACAACAGAAGCUGCGGUUGUCUCGGAAGCUGUUACGGUUUCACCGAGUACCGAAUCUGAAAUCGGCCACGUGGAAACAACAUCUGAUGCUCGGGUGCCGCUGUCUAGUGAGGCCGAUAACCAAAACGUGGUCACCAUCAACACCAAAGUCAGCCCGUCUAAUGAGCAGGUCAUUAAUAUGGAUGACUCCAGCAACGAGGAGGCCGACCAUCUCUCUAAUGAGAUUCGAGUCGAGAAGAAGAAUGGCCUGUACCGGAUCAAGAUUGCGGAAAUCACGACUGAUGAGUUUGAUAACGGACUUCACGAAACAGAUGGUGAAAAUAUGCUGAUGGGGCCCAAAUCGGUCUAUCCGGCCAAGAUUAAUAUUGACGAUUUUUACCCUUCCAAAUUGGAAGAUUUUAAACCACCCGCUGGCUUGAAUGGCGUGUCUCGGGACGAAGAUGUCCAGCAAAAAUUACUGCGGGAAAAGGCGAUUCUGCGAAAUAACGAGGAUAAUGAAAAACUUUUCGAAUCAACAAUCAUGAAACCGUCGGAAGUUUUGCCGAUAAUUGACAGCAAACCUGACAGCGGUAGCGAUGAGGAUGAGAAACGUGUCGCCGGCAGUCCGGAUAAUAACGGUGACAUCUCCACCACCAAGAUUGAGAUCGAACUAAUUGAUGAUACUUCCGAAACUUCAACCAGCGACGAAGGCAAAUCUGUUGCCACCGAUAACAUCACCGAAAAGCUGGAAGAGAACGACGAAGUAAUUAGUAGAAUUGAGGAAAAUUUCAAAGGGUACAAAACUUUUGACCUACCCGAAGAAGACGAAUUCCAAGUCGUUGAACCGACUGAUUCCAAGAAAAAGGACGAUGAAGUUAUAACGAUUGCCAUCUCCUCGGUGACAUUCUCAUCCUCGCAGCAAUUAUCAACUCAGGCUCCGCCCACUUUAACGCCCAUCGCUGGCACAACCACCCUACAGUCCCCGCCCCAAACCACCGAAGAGGAAAUCCCUAUCAUCCCAAUAAGUGGAAGUGACAUCGUCAAGGAAUACUACGGUAAUCUCUUCAUUCCCAGGCGCACCAAGAAAAACGAUCCGGCCGUCACGAAAAUUAACAUCUUCAGCACCGCACCCCUGAAGAAAAUUGAUUUCGCCAAUACCAAAUUCAACACCGACAAUUCUGCUGCCCAGCACGAUCCCAACGAUGCAAGCAAGAAAGACAAACCCGAAUUCUCGACCACAAAGUUCUACAACAGCAAGGAGCUCUACAGUGAGCUCCAUCAUCAAGUUAUGAAUGACACCGUCCAUGGACCCCCGACUCGAAACUCCCCGGCCGUCCCCAAGAAAACCACAGCCGUCGUAUCGGAAAAGGACAUUCUCAGCGCAAAAACUCUCUACAAACCCAACAACUCGGCCCAAUCAACGCCACUAGCCACAAACCCUGGAAGUAGCAAAAAACAAUCGCCCAAAUCCAUCAACCCGACCGUCCAAAUCCCGAUCCGAGACGCAGCCAACAUCAAAAAGCAACUUCUCAAAACCAACUUCAUCCCCCGGGAGGACUCCACCCAAGUUCCUGCCUUCAAUCCGCAAUCCGUUUCGCCUCAUCCGCCCACCUCCCAGCAGCACGAGGUCACAUCCGUCAACAAACCAAACUCCCACCACCCCCAGGACCAGCAGAAGAAGAUUAAAAGCCUGGGGGCAGCAGCAUCGGCCAUCAUUGCCGCCACCAGCAAACUCACCAAGGACAGCGUCAAGCAACAACAUCAACGACGCCAACAGCAACAACACCAUCAACAAGAACCCCCACCCACAUCGACCAACCACCCACCCCCACCCCCACCAUCAACCAGUGCCGGUGCCAGUGAAAAUUUAAUUACCCGACUAGCGGCGGCGGCGGCGCCCGGCAUCGUCGUCGUGACGCCCCAGUCCCGAUUGCAGGAGAAAAUCAACACCCUGGAUUGUGACAUCCAGCCCCUGGCUCAGGAUUCGAGCGUCUGGCGCGGAAACGAAACCCACGAGCUGGAGCUGCCGAUAAUGACUCCGGAAGACUGCUCGGCCGGGUCCAGCUGCAUCCCGACCACAAUAUCCUGGGAAGGCACCGCUGACAUUCAGUCCGGCGACGUGUUGAUUGUCGAGAUUGACGAUAAGCACCUAAUUCCGUCCAAUUAUAACAAAUCAGCGGAAAGUUCUCACCACGCCACAACAGCCGUCUAUCAAGUAACACGCCUUGGCCACGAGCAUUGCGACAUCACCGAGGGAGUCCUUCUGGAUAUCACUCCUCUGGUUGUGGACGGCAAAAAACUAGUUACCCUGUACGACAAGGACCUGACAGAAGGAAUUAAUCUACUAAUUGUUGUAUCCGAGCAAUGGGGCCAGCAGUGCGUCCGGCUAAAAGUGACCGUCAAAUCGGACAACUGCGGCGAAAACGCUGACUGCUCCGGAAAAGGUGUCUGCUACUCCAACAACUCAAUGGAGGGCUACGAGUGCCAGUGCUGUGGUGGCUUUGCUGGAUCCCACUGCGAGGAAAUCGAUGCCUGUACACCGUCUCCUUGCACCAAUAAUGGGAUCUGCGUGGAUCUUUCCCAGGGCCAUGAAGGAAAUGCCUACCAGUGCUUAUGUCCAUACGGUUACACCGGCAAAAACUGCCAGUUCGAAUCGGAUCCCUGCAAUCCAUCUCAGUGUCUGAACGGCGGAACCUGCGUAGGAAAUUCUACUCACUUCCGUUGUGACUGCACUUCCGGCUACACUGGGCCGCUCUGUCAGCACAAUCUGAACGAGUGUGAAUCGUCCCCAUGUGUCCACGGAAUCUGUGUUGACCAGGAGGACGGUUUCCGGUGUUUCUGCCAGCCAGGAUUUUCCGGUGAGCUCUGCAAUUUCGAGUACAACGAGUGCGAGUCGAACCCGUGCAUCAACGGUGGUCAGUGCAUCGAUAAUAUCGGCGGAUUCUCGUGCAAAUGCACCCGCGGAUACACCGGAAAGCGCUGUCAUAUUAAGGUGGACUUUUGCGCCAACGAUCCUUGCCCGGAUGGCCAUCGCUGCAUAGACCAUGGGGACGACUUCACCUGCGAGUGCCCCGGCGGACGAAAUGGACCAGACUGCAACCAGGUGCCUCGGACGUUGUGUAACGUAAAUCCUUGCGCCAAUGGCGGAACCUGCUGGACAACGGAAGAAUCCUUCUACUGUGCCUGCCGACCCGGAUUCACCGGAAAGAUGUGCGAAGAAAACUUCGUUAUCGACAGUGUGGUCAGCUCCAGUGAAAUGCUUUCGGAUACGCUCAGCCAGAAUGGGCACACGGUUUCUGAAUCAUCGAGUUCGCUGUCUGCGGAGUUCGGUUCCUCUUCGCGAAAGCGCGGAGGCGCCAUUGAACUGCAUAAUGCCUACAUUGCAGCCGGAACGUUAGCUGCCGCCAUUUUGAUCGUCGCCGUUGUGGUAACGGCCUGCCACUGCAAGGUGCAUCAGAGCUAUCGCCAAUUUGCCUCCAAACACCGGCAGCUGAUACCGAUCUUUGGCCGCAAAUCGAAGGCCACCUCGUCGAAUCGGCACUGGCUCAGCGGCAAAGGACCUCAGGGUGGUGCGGGUGCUGGUGGUGCGACCGGAAGUGGAUCAGGAUGCGGGGGCGGCGGCGGCCACAGCAACCUCAACUAUAGCUACGCCCACCAACAUCCGAACUCGUACAGCCUCCAGCCGGAGCGGAUAAUCAACAAACCGCUGCCGAUGAACCUCGAGAACGACAUGUACUAUACGGUUGACUUUGGGGACGCACAGAACGUGCCGUUGAUCCAGUAGAUAGGACCAGCGAAGAAUCCCCGGAUGAAUGGCCCGUGUCACACCUACACCUGAUGCCGGCCAUGAUGAUACAUCCGAACGAGGAGAAUUGAGCGGGCCCUGUUUGGUUAUCUGUUUUCGGAUUUUUUUGUUUCGUUUUGCAGAUACUGUUUGAGUUCCAGUUUCAGGCGCUUAGCUUGUAGGAUAAUUGUAACUGAUCUAAGGUUAUGUGAAAUUAAAAGUACCCAUUAGCCAAAGCAACAAGACGGAGAGGAAAGUAAACGUUGCCCUCCGGGAGGAGUUGGACAAGAAAAGCCAACUCAAAGUGUGAACGUACGUAAGUGAUAAAAGUGUAUAAGAAAAUUGAAAUCGACAUCGAAGAGAUUAUAACAUCGUUCGGAGAUUAGAGAAUCGAAAAAAAAUCCCACAAUCAGACGACGACGGAGCAAAGAAAAACUUUAAAAACUUCAGAGUAUUGAGGAUAGAUAAUAUUGUAAGUGAUGGUAGAAACUCGCAUAGUCUUGAACAAAGAGUAAAUGGAUACGAAUUGCCAAAAACAAAAAAAAACAAUAAUUAAAAUUGCACGAUUCAGUUUUCUUUUAAAUGAAAAUAGAGUUAACCUGCAAAUAAGUUUUCGGGUUUACUUGGAAGAAACUUAAGAUGAAUGGUUUAUCUCGAGUUUCCUCCACAAAAACAGAUUCCAAAUUCAUGAGCUCACAACUGGGUUAGCCUCCUACUAGCCAAUAUUCAUUCAGAAUCAGUGAGGAAGAGAUCUUCUUCUGUUUCGUUUGAUCUUUCUUCAUUUCUUAAUGCUUUUAAACUUCGCAACAUCAGAAAGAAAUCUUUGGCAGAUUGGAUUGAUGCCGCAGAUUUCUGCCGCCCGUUGUUGUUCAGGAUUGUUGUUUUUCUUUCCCCAUCGCCACAAAGAAUGGGGAAAAUCCCACGCACGGUGCGCUGUAAGCCAUUGUGGACGAAAAACGAAAACAUUUCAAACUAGCACAGUCGGAAAUUAAAGAUUCUAUCUUUCCGAAUGACAGGAAGACAAUCGGUUGUUGUUUUUCCUCGAAGCAUACAUUUUUCAUCUGCAAAACACUUCCUGAUACAGAAGGUUAGAAAAAAGUUGAAGCAAAAGAACGUGCCACAAAUUUCUAGAUUUUUCAAAGUGAUAAAACUGAAAUUGAAUUCAAUUUUCAAACCUCAUUCAAGAUUCAAACUUCUGAGAAAAAAACAUCAAAACAAAUUUCAAAACCUCUUCGGAAAAAUCUUCCAACGAGAUGAAUUGUAUCACGAGUAUUCUUUUAAACUAAAAUUCAUAAGGUUCCGAAGUUGAUUCAACCAAAUCGAUAGAAGUUUUAAGUAAGAAUGGUUUUAAUAAUGAAUUAUGGAGCUAAAAAUUUUGAUGAAACAUUUAUUCCGAAUUCAUGAAAUAUAAUGUGAAGCGUUUUCACUUCGUUAAAACAGGUUGUUUAAUGCUGAAAGUAUAAGUAAACGGCCGAAGGAUUAUUGUUUGUUAUUUCAUUGAAUGUUUGAGAGAGAUUAUUUCUAUAAUUCUGUUAUUUUUGAACGAAAAGUUGUAAAAAAACCCCUAGUAGCUUCUGAAGAUAAGCCAACAAAACUUACACGCAAACUACCAGAAUACCCGUCAUUUUAAUACAAUAAAAAGUUAAAAGUGAGAAUAAAUUGAAAAUUACUCACAAAGUCAAAAAGAAGAGUUACAAUUUUAUAGGAAAAAGUUAAAAUUGGAAGCAAGAAAUGGAAGAAACGUUUAGGUUCGUGAAAAAUGAGCAAACAGAAACUAUAACAUGUGCUAAAAAAUGGGAGAGGAAACGAAAAAAAAUAUGCCGAGCUGGCCAAAACUCGAAGCAUCAGCUUGUGCAUGGAAGUGAUUACAAACUCGGUGCACUUGAUUGAAGCUCAAGAUGAGUAUAUAUAAAUAAAGAGUAAAAAAACACAAGUUGAAACCCAGAAAUGAAAAGCCAGCGCUGUUGAGGUAAAGUAAGAAAAAGAAAAAAAACAUGAAAUCUUGUGCCAAUAAACAUUUUUGCGAACGGAAGCUGAAUCGAGCAUAGAAAUCAUUAUUUGUAAAGUUUUUCCGUAGGGUAGAAACCAUUUGUUCUCUCUUUCCAGACACACAAACAGCACACAGUUUUGCAAUCAGACCGGGUUGCAUCCAAUAGAGUUAUCAAUACAUUGUAGUGCUCUUCAGUUAGUGAAAAGUGAUACGAUUGCAAAACCAUUUCAUCCCCCACAUUUGCCAUAGAUAAUCCAACCGGAAAGUAGUAAAAAGAGAAACAGUUUCGUUGCUUCACAAUCUUAAAAGUGAGGGUGGGUCCGAAGCUUGAAUUAACUUUUGUUUAAUUUUAAAACUGUUUGUAUCAUUUGAGAGUUUUUAUUUUAAAGGAGGAAAAUUAAAAUGAUUUAUACACCUACUAAUGAUACCGAUCUCAAAGAAACAUAAUUAAGAUCAAUGCUUUACUCAAAUUGAAACUGAAAAAGAGAUGGAUCUUUGUUUACACCGAAAGGUACGCGCUAAACCUCGUAUUUGGCUUAUCGAUAAUUCGAAGUAGUCUCUGAUUGUCCAAAAUAAGUCAUCUCUACUGCUGACGAUCCAGAGCAUCUUCUCUUCUUCAUAUUGGAGGAAAUCUUCGAAAGUUCGUAUUUCUGGGGCUUGGCUUCACCAAAACGGACUUCUAAGCUGGCCUCUUCUUGGAUGACCUUCUCCCAAUCAAAGGCAUCUUCGAAAAGCUGGUUCACAUUUCUUUGCAGCAUAUGCUUUAUCUCCACGAAUGCAGCGUAUGCUUUCGAAUCUCGAUUCCUAUUGCUGUGCUAAGCAAUGUAAAGUUGCUCCACGGAUCUUUUUUAGGAUCAAUAUUUAGAGUUUUUAGAACAUUUGACCUCCAGACAUGUUAAAAUCUCGAAUCUUCUUACGCCCACUUUACCAUAUUUGCAUAUCGAUUCUAUUCUGCAGUGAUGCUAUUGAUAGGAUCAACUCGGAAAGCAUCAGGAAGUGAGCUUUGAAUAAACUCGGAUAAACAUCAGCAAAAAGAACAGUUCAACGAAUUCAAAGUUUAAACUUGUGUUCCUUCGGCAGCCGAACACAUCAAUCGGACAACGCCGUUUCACAUUGUUAAAAGUGGGACAAGGGAACGGGAAAUAAGCGAUAGGGCGGUUUGAGGUACUGUUCACUCGUUUUGUUGGGCUACGAACGUUCGUGCGUAUUUUGUGUUCGGUAAGCUUCGUUCUGUUGUUCCGUUGUUUGAUUUUAUUCUGCGAUGCUUCGAAAUCAUCAAUGCAGAAGUGUUCUUUUCGUUUUGAGCGCAUUCAAAUAUCUACAGUUUUGGACCGAUCUUAUACCGGUUGUAAAAAAAAGGUUGAGUUGAAGCUGCUAGAAAGGACCACGGAUGUGGUUGCUUUGGUCUGGAUUUGGGUCUAAAUCAACUGUUUGGACCACGAAUACAGGUGCUCUGAUGAUCGAUAUUGAAUACCAAAUCACCAGACUGAGAAAUCUCUUCUGAGAAGUUUAUUCUGUUUGCGAGAUCUUAUGAAAUUCUUCCAGUAGUCUUACCGUGGUUAGUAGAGACGGGGAGAACGGCCCAUUUCAAUAAGUGGAUCAGAGCCGUUCACUCAAAUCAAUGAGACGGUUCAUUUGAGCGGCCUAGAAAUAAACUGUGUCUUGCAGCUCAACAAAAACUGAAGAGCGAAGAACAGCAGAAAGCCCUCCGUUUGUUCUCUCGAACCAAAUGAGCCGUGGUGGGAGGUUAAAAAAAAGCCACGACACGGCUCGAAAAAGAACCUUAUUUCGAAAAAGAGCCAAGGUUCAAAAAAGUGCUGGCACUCUCCGCUCAACUCUCGUCAAUAAAUUUAACGGCAAGAGCGAAGUCUGGAGAGCCGUUCGAUUCGAUCGAAAGAUCGGCUCGCCCAACAUUUUCUCCUUGGUUGUUUUUUGAACCGUUUCUCUUUUUCGAACCGUGGUUCUUCGAGUGACCUGUCUCCGCUCUUCAGUUUAUGAAGCUUGUAUAGUGAUGGGAGAUAACCCAAGAGCUGCUUAUUUGAACCGGCUCUUUUGGAAAGAACGAACGAACCAUGGCUCGCUCGAACCACGUUUCUAUUGAUUCGGCCCUCCACUCUUAGCUCUUGCAUUUUGCAUUGUACUAAGGGUAGCAGUAAAAAUUUUCAACCAUUGUUGUGUUGAGCGGAGUGUCCCGGCUGAUUUUCGAACCAUGGUUCUUUUUUUAAGUGCCAUACAUGAGCGCUCAGGAGCCAAACGUUCUGUUUUGGAGAACCAGUUCAAAUGAGCGGCUCUUGAGCAAUCGUGUAUCACUAGCCUGGGUAUUAUCCACGUUAAGACAAUAGCAAGUCUGUGUCUUCAUAAGUCAUCAAAAUUCUUGCGAAAUUCAGUUUAAACCUUGAUUUGUAAGCUAUCACUCCAAAUUCGUUUACCAAAACGAAUAAGUUAUUACAACCCGCCUUAUCUACAUAGAAAUAGGUGUCCAGACCAGGUUUUCUCGCGUCCACAGAUUAACAAAUCACUUCCCAAGCUGUCGAAGCUAUAAUUAUCGAUGGCGGUUUUUCCACAUUCAUCCCGGCGUUUCAACUCACUGAUGUUUUAAAGUGAAUCAUCAUGCAUAUGUUCGACUAUUUUAGUCUGAACAGCCUUUAGUAGAGGCUCUACUCUGCAAGUUACGCCUUAAAAUGGGAUUUUUCUUCAAAUCACCUGUGAAUUCAGCACUGAGCUCAUGGUCGUUCUCUCUGUGGCUCUGGAACAGCAUAACGCAAGAGACUUGAGUGUUUUGGGUUAUGCCCAACAAUAUUUUUGAGUAGUGUUGCUCCAUUUCGCUGAUAUAGGUUGAGAAUUCGGCUUUUCCUUUGGCAACAAUGCGGAAUCCAAACAACUUUUAAAAAAAUACUUCGUAUUGAUAGAGAACAGCUAUGGAUAAAAGUUUAUAGGGACCUUAGAAGGUGAUUAACUUUAUAGCUACUUCAUGCUGAUCAUGAGACCGUUUCUUACUGAUACUGUGGCAUUGAUUCCGUAUGACAUUGGACAUUGGAGAAUAUGCAGAAUUCAUUUGGUGUGAAAUGGGGAAAGAACAUACUAAAGUAGACCCAUAGCAGCGGCUUAUAAAUAUUCGGAAUUCUGCAGUAUGUGUAUCUUUGCUACAGACCUGUGAACAGAGGGGUAGAGCGAAUAGCUGAAAUAACUCGUUGUGGAUAAAAGUCUUACAACAUCCAGAAUCUGUAGUAAGGGGGAUAGCACACUAAAUGGCUCAAUCUGCAACCAGUGGAUGGAGUGGUCUCAGUUAAUCUCAAUCUCAGACUUAAUCGUCAACGUAUAACUACCUCGGCAGAUUGCCAGGUCGUGAAAUAGGAGAGAAAGAUAUGCACCAUUCAAGCCGCGGGCGUACCUAUUUCGCGACUUUGACGUUAUGAGGUUUCCACAUUUGGCGAGCUUUCCCAGCAAACAUUAUUGAAGGUAUGUAUAUUUCUCAACAACUUUGUUAUAAGUUUCAUAUAAAUUAUAGAACGAUCGUAUGAAACUCGAAAAAACAGCAUUUACCUACCAAAGUGGAGGAAAUAUACAUACAUAUUUUCAAAUUCUGACUAAAGCGAUAAGAGUAAACGAAUUGGACGAUAUUCGACACCUUAUUCAUACAUACUGAAAGAAUGCAAGAGAGCACAAGUUUUUUCUCUCAACGCAUGCGAACCGUUGCCAGCGACAAUAUUAGCCGCUUCUGUCAUUGGACAAUUCUUGCAAAUACACUAUCUGAUUUUAAGAAAUCUGUUUGCACUGCUAGUCGCAGAGAGAACAACAAAGCUGUUCUCUCACUUGACCUACGCCGGAGAAAAAAAUGAACGAAAUCGCCUUCAAAAUUUGCAAACAUGGCGGACUUUUAAUUAUAUCCGAUUUAAUCCGACUUCGUGUAACGAUUUUUACGACCUUUUACUUGCGUUAGUUGGAAUUACGAUUCACAGUAACGUUAUUCAAUUACUUGAGUUAUCGUGUUUAAUGCGAUUCUAUGUUUGCUGGGUUCCAGAAGCCGAUUUUUUAGCUGUGCUUAAUUGCGAGCUAAAUAUGCUGCGCCGAAUUGCGAGCCUCGGAUGUUGUGUUUGCGUAAAAACUGGACGAGCUGAGCUGUAAAGCUGCUCCUGCGAGCCGAGUGUGCUGCGCCGAUUUGCGAUACAAGUAGGCUGCGCCUAAGAGUGCAAAGUGGCUGCGCCUGAAUACGAGCCAAGUAGGCUGUGCUUGAAUGCAAGCUUUGUACUGCGCCAAAUGCGAGCCAAGUCGGCUGCGCCUGAAUGCGAUCUUUGUGCUGCGCUUAUGCGACCAAAAUGUCUGCGCCUAAAUGCGAGCCAAGUAGGCUGCGCCUGAACGCAAGGUUUAUGCUGCGUCAAUAACGAGCCAAGUGAACUGCCCCUUAAUGCGACCUUUUUCUGCUGCGUAAAAUGCAAGCCAAAUGUGUUGAGCCUAAUGCGAGCGAUGUGCUGCGACUAAUGCGAGCCAAAUUAGCUGCGCCUAAAUGCAAGCUACGUGCUACACGUGCUAAAUGCGAGUCGAAUGAACAAAGCCGGCAUGCGAGCUCUGUGUUGCACCUGAAUGUGUAUGCGAGCUGUAUGUGCGUUGAGCUCAGUUGCACUGAAUGUGAUCUAAAUGAGCUGCGAAAUAAGGCUAAGUCAAUUGAAUACACCUGAUUGCGACUUCUCUUUAAAGCGAGUUCAAAUGUGCUGCGCCUACAUUCAUAUAUGCGAGUUAAGUGUAUUACGCAAUAUAAGAGCUGAUACUAGCUGUACAGCACUAAAUAUAUGCUUACGGAAUAUGUGAACUGCCUCACAUGCUAAUUAUUGCACCAGCUAGAUUGCAAAAGAUCUAAAUUAUUAGAAUUUUUUCAUCACUUUUCCGGAGAGGAGGCUGAAUGUGCGGGUCAGACUCAAUAUGAGAAGCGCAGUGCAUAUUAUAUGGCACCUCUACGGGCAUAUGCACGUGUGAUGAGCUGGUCGUUAUCUAUCGCUAGCGCAAUAGAUCUCUCUUGUACAUAUAGGCCACGGGCGUAUCUAUAUCGCGUUUUUGGCAGUAGGUAGUUUCCACACGAACGACUUUAUUCUUGUUAUUGUUCUUCAACCGUUGAUCGACUGCAAAUAUUUUUCAAAUUUGAAAUAUUUGAAAUUGAAAUUGGCGUUUGGGCUCACUAUUCACUUCAACCAAUCAUCCGGAGCCCAGGGUACCUGGGAGCAACCAUAGCUAGCGGCGAUGGCCAUCAUUCAGAAGCAGAACAAACCACAAGUCUACUCGGUAGAGAUGGUUUCCCCUCAACGAGGUGUGAACACUCCGGAAUGAGGACAGCUCCACUGAUCUGAUUUGGGCGAUUUUUUUAAACGACGUGCUCCGUUCAAGUUAGAGAAUGAUAGAUUUAAACGGCACGUGCAGCUACCAUCAGGUAGUUCAGCUGGGUAGAGUGGCUCUCGACGCCGGGUAAGCCAUUUGAGUCGGACUAGGAUGACGUCUUCGUCGGGAAUCAUUCGAGUCGAUGCGUUGAGUCCCGCGCAUGAGCUGUGACAGGCCCGAGUCUAGGAUAAGCUGCUCUCGAUCGACACACGACAGGUAUAGAGGUGGCAAACUUCGAAUUCUGGAGAUAAAAGGUCAAGCUUCGAGUCGUUUGAGGAGAGGUCAGGCCUCGAGUCUUCAGGAGGAGAGUUUUGUGUGGUCAACCCCGAGUCUUAACGAUAAGAGGUCAGGCCUUUAAUCAACAAGAAGAGGGGUAUAAGUGGUUACCUCGAGUCAUUACGAGGAGAGCUUGGAUCUCGAGUCACUAGAGAAGAGAUCGAGCAUUGAGUCGUGCAGAAGAGAGGUUUGUGUAUGUCAAUUUCGAGUUGAUGCGAGGAGGGGUCGGAUCUCGAGUCGUAUGAAGGGGGAUCAGGCCUCAAAUAGCGAUGAAGAGAGAUUUAUGUGGGAAUCUCGAGUCAUUGCGAGGAGGUGUCGGUUCUUAAGUCGUUAGAAAAGAGUUCAGACGCCGCGGAGACUGGCAAAAGCAAAUCGGGCUUUUCUGAUCCGAGUUUCUAUGUCCUUCUCGGUACAACCAUCAGGCAUAAUCUGGCUGCCUAGGUACUGGAAGCACUCGACUUACUCAACCUGUUACCCAGCUACUACGAAAUUGGAAGGAUUUCCUGUGUUGAUCUCCAUCGACUUGGUCUUUCCGACAUUGACUUUGAGACCUGCUGGCUUGGAGCUUUCGGUGAGGUCUUCAAGUUGGCUGUGCAUGUCUUGUUGUCUUUAAAUGAGCAAAACAAUAUCGUCUGCCAGGUCAAGGUCGUUCAGUUGCUCCAUUCCACGGCAAUCCUCGGUUUGGUCUACAGUCAUUCGAUACAGUCAUGAUUCCAUCCAUUACGAUGAGCAAAAGUAGCGGUGACCCUUAUCUAGCUCCAGCAGUCACCGUGAGAGGAUCAUACAAGACACUUGCACUAAAUUGCCUCGUACUCUACUUCGAUGAGAUUGACUAGUUUUUUCGGGGACUACUCGUCACCUUCGAGCCACCCAGAGGUUUUCGUGGUUCAGUCGUUCGAAAAAUUUUUCGAAAUCAACUAACACCAGCAAAAGAGAGUCCUGGAAUUCGUUGAUUUGUUCCAGUAUUAUUCGUAGCGUUGUGAUGUGGUCCACACAUGACCGUCCGGAUCGGAAUCCAGCUUGUUGCCGUCGGACUGUAGCGUCGAUUUUCUCCUGGAUCCUGAUCAGGAUCACUUUGCAGAGUACUUUGAGAGUUGUACAGAUCAAAGUUAUGCCACUCUAGUUACCGCACUCGAUCAGGUCUCCUCUCUUCGGGACCUUUACGAAGAUACCCUAAAUUGGUGCUGACAAGGCAGCAUCUCAGCUGGAAUGCAAUCGAUUCCAUGCUCUUUGUUGGAUUUCAUGUAUUUGAUUGCAACUUCAAUUUCAGCCAGCGAGGACGAUUCCGAGUUGACGCCGUUAAUGCGACUUACUGUUGGUGCUUCGAGCUGCGGGUUCUGUUGGUCAUCGCUAUUUGUGACUCUGAAGAGUUGUUCAAACGUUCAACGUUUGAGCUGAUUUGUUAGAUUUGUCAACAGCUGAACUGCUCGGUCUUUCAGAAGCAUUCUUGCAUUAGUCCUUGCACCACUAAGGCAGCGAGAAAUGUCACAAUGUAAUCGGAUAUCUCAAAUGGCAACGGCUCGCUUUCUCUCUCUCUCUCUCUUUGACUAGGCAGUUAGUCCAGGCUCUCUUGUCUCGUCUACAAGCUAACAAUACUUCAAAAAGAGAGACUGAAAGCAUAAUCAACUCAAGGGCUCUAAGCUACCUUCCCCUUGAUUUAGCGGAAGAUGAAGCACGAUGAAGCGUUAAUACUGCUGAACUUUUAGUUGACGUGACGUAAUGAUUCCCAGUUUGGUUCAGAUGAAUUUCCCAAAUGUUGGAAGAAAGGAAAGAACUGCAUACUUUUUCACGAAUCGUUGUCUAAAUUUGUGUUCCUGUGGAGCUCAUUUUGAGCUCAAUGAAAAGGCAACAACACACAACGGUAUCAUUAUCUUGAAAUCACUAUGGAGUUGUUUUGGUGCCGAAUGGCAUGCGUUUAAAUUCGUUUGUCUAUUCUCUAUGAAAUUCGCACAGGUUAAAUAACAAAUUAAAAGUUGGAUCCGUUUCGCUCAAGCUGUGUUCGUUAUUACAAAAACAUAGGUUUUAGUUUUUUUUUUUUCAAUAAAACUAGCAGUUUUAUUUCAAAUAGCUAGAAGUUGAUUUUUUCCUAAACAUUUAAGCUUUGGACACACCAGUCUGGAAAACAAAUUCAGUCACAAAAAUCUCGUAAAAUUGCAAUUUCAUAGUUCAGAUCAUCCUUUCAUUGUUUUCAACACUUCAUCCAGAGAGACAUAAAUAACCAUUUUCAAUCGUUUGUAGAUUAGAAUACAAUCAAACAAGAACAGAAAAAAGCAACCCAACAGCAUAACAGAUAAAAAAAAUAAUCCCCUAGCAGGAGCAAACGGCGCUAAAAUGGAUGAAGAAAAAAAUAUGAAAAAAACCAGAACAAUAAAUACUCUACAACGUAGGAAAAAAGGAAAACUUGCCAACUCGUUUGCUCCGAAAUCUUCCAAAUUCGAGUAUCUUUCUCUUCAUUCUAGUAUUUAGUAGUUGGUAGAAGGACAUUUCCUCUUCUGUUCCUUAUACCACACUUAGAUAAAGACAACAAACAAACAAAAAGUAAAAUAAAAAUCGAAAGAAAAAGAAGAUUUCAUCCAAAGUUGACUCAAACAAACAAAUCAAAAACCAAAUCGCAACUCUCGGGAAACGAAUGCCAAAAAGUUAGAAAAAAACGGAAAACCGAAGCAUUUGAAAAUAAAAUUCAAAACAAAACUGAAACGACGCGAUGCAAAACCAUUUGAGAGGAAAAUCCCCGCCCCGAUAAAGCCAAUAACAAUAACGAGCAGAAGUAAGUGGAAGAACAAUUGCUGAGAUAAUAAUACAAGAGAGAGAAGCAAAAAAAAACGACGUCAAAGUAGAGAAUUACACAACUCACCCAACCAGAUGCCAAAAGAUUUCCUCGGUCCUCUCGCGGUGAACGCUUUUCGGGACACGCAUUCUUCCGAUUUCACUUGGUUGGCGUAAUGUUUUGGAAAAUUUUCCGUUGGAAGGAAUUCAGUCGAAAUGCUGCUGUCAAAAUGUGGUCUGUUUUAUCUCUUCGAAGGAGUAAAUAAACACAAGUGGCCAUUUGAAAGGAUACGUUUUUGGUUUUAGAACCAAACGCUGGUUUCUUUCUUUUUUUUAUGGGACUGAUAUACUAGAAACGCUGAAUGCAUGUGUGAAAUUGGUUUUUAUGGGAAUUUUUUUUAAAGAAACUCUAUAACUAUCGUAUCAAAAAUUAAAGUUUUUUCAAAUAUGCAGCACUGCUGUUAUUAUUUAUUCCAAUUUAGACAACUCAUGAAUAAUGCUUUUAUUUUUAAUUAACUGAUCAACGAGAAAUGCGAUUGAUUCCAUGAAUUUUAUCCAAUUUGUUAAACAGCCCUUCUCUGAUGUGUGUGUGUCCAAUUUCACAGAAAUAAGCUUUUCAUCCGACCCAUUGAAGUAAAUCGUUUAAUAAUCGUCCCUCGUUAGCCAAAUUCCCCAUAACAGUCAAUCGUGCGCCAAACGGACGAGUUGAACUUUCCGUAGGUAAAAACAAAUCGAAAUGAAUGCCGGUUACAUUACACAAUACGCCAGCGUGACCCCAAAAACGUUCACCGAGAAAUGGUGGGAUUGCUUCAAUUGUUUGCUUUAUGGGAUAGUAAUAAAUAAAUGAAUGGAAUGGAUUACGCAAACAUAACCCCCCCUGGGAUUGGUUAUGCGGAGAAAGCAAUUUUGCGCGUGAAAAAAUAUUUUAAAUCAAUGGAUUUUAAAAACAGUCACAAACGAGAGGUCAUCGAGACAAAUUGGCGCUUGUCAGAAACAAAAUGGCAAAGGCCAAUCCAAAUUGUCAUCGGCAACGCUAGGGAUUUCAUUGGGAAAGGGAAUUUGUAAGUGAUCCCUCGAACAAGGAGGGGUGGUGUGUCAAUAAAAUCUUAUUAGCGAAAUUGAUUUAUUGUCUGAUUCUCACUGACUAUGUCAAUAGCUGCACAUGGAUUGGUGCAAAAAAACCCAAAAAUGAAAACAUUCGACGGUUUAACCGAGGAGAGUUGGUCGAAACUGCAGCCACGAGAGAGAGAGAGUCGUUAAAAUAAUAACAAAAAACUAAUAAUAAUUAUAUUUGAAAAUAACAACACUACAACAGACAGUCACAACACAAAAGUAAUUACUAACGUAAUAUUUAAUGGUAAGAAAUCUGAAAAACAAUUAAAGUAAUAAUAAAUUGUUAAUAAAAUUUA